AUGCAUAGUGAAGGAUUUAUGCAAGCAGUUAACCAGAUAGAAAAUGAUCAUAAUGAGGAAAUGAUUUACUCUAAUGAAAGCCAUCCAUAUAUGGCCACAUCUUUUACAAAGAAUCCCGAUAUAUCUUACAAUGUUGAAUAG